AAACCCGAGUUGUACAAACAGCUACCAGAGAAGGUGCUGGGGAUGGAUUUCAAGGACAGCGCUCAGCUGAUUGGCCCAGAGCAUCCUUCAUUUCCUGCACUCCUCCCUCCACACAUAUUCCCCACAGCAGAGAUUGGAGGAGACAGUCGAGACUGUGUGUGUGUGCAGUGUGGCAGGAGGGAGUGUAAAUAAAUGGAAAGAUGAGCUGGGAUGCUGUGCACACAGCAGCAAUUCAGCCGGGAGAAGUUGAUGAGCAAAGAGUGUGGAGGCGAACUUGCAGAGCUACUGGGGAAGGAGACGCUGCUCUCUGAAGCCGGGUCACAUAAAGACCAGGCACACAUUGCUUCAUCACACGUUGAGGACUUAAAAGCAACUUGUCUCCCCUUCCGCCCAAGCCAACACAUCCACACAGACAGGCACAGAACCAUGUCUUUGGCAGUGAAGGAGAAGAGCCAAGUGCGCCUAGUGUUUCUGGGUGCAGCCGGGGUUGGCAAGACGGCCCUGAUCCGGCGCUUCUUGCAGGACACUUUUGAGCCAAAGCAUCGGCGAACAGUAGAGGAGAUGCACACCAAGGAGUUUGAGGUGAGUGGAGCCACCAUCAAGGUUGAGAUUCUGGACACCAGUGGUAGCUACUCCUUUCCAGCGAUGCGCAAACUCUCCAUCCAGAACAGCGAUGCCUUCGCUUUGAUCUAUGCUGUGGAUGAUGCAGAGUCCUUUGAGUGUGUGAAGACUUUGCACGAGGAGAUCCUUGAGCUGAAAGAGGACAAGUUCCCUCCCAUCGUAGUGGUGGGCAAUAAGGCAGAAGCCGGUGGGCUUAGACAGGUAUUGCCCGAGGACGCCCUCUCCUUGGUGGAGCUUGACUGGAACAGCCGUUUCCUGGAGGCAUCUGCUAAGGAGAACGAGAACGUGGUGGAGGUCUUCCGGGAGCUGCUUCAUCAAGCCAACCUGCCCAGCCGGCUGAGCCCUGCCCUCCGCAGGAGACGUGAGACCUUCCCUAAGGAGCCCCCACUGCGGCCCCCCAUGAACAAAGCCAAUAGUUGUACUGUCUGUUGAACUAUGUGAGAAUGAUAGCUGCAUGGGUUUUUUAGAACUUUGGUGACCUGUGUUUAGAGAUCAGGUUGCACCUGCCACAACAGCACUGUGGCACUCUGUCAUUUUGGGGCUCAGGAGCUGUUUGUGAACCUUGAUGGCUUGUCGUCGUGACAUAGUAAUUUCAGCUUUAGUGCCCCAAAGUCACCAAUGUUUGUGCCCAUUCCGUGCAUUUGAUUUUGAGUUGCAGCCCAAGAAUUGGGAAGCCUGUGAUGCUGUGCACAGUGUAAUGUCUCUAGUUCUGGUCUGUUCUGCGGAUCCAAGCUGUUAUUGUAUAAAUUGGAAGAUAUGUCCCUUAAGUCAUGGAAGUGGAUGCCCCAGGAGUAAAAGAUGAAUGGCCAAACAGACCAGUUUUUGAGGCAACAUGGCUGAUGUUGACAAGGUCCAUAGCAUGAACUUAGAAGGCAAG